AUGCUGAAUGCUUGGUUAUUUGCAGCUCUAUUGGCCCUCCAAUGGGACGCCGCUACAGGAGCGUCCUUCGAGACUGAGUUGCCAGAAAAAUGUGUUAGUCGGCGACUUAUUAACCGUUAUCAGUUAAAUGAGGAAAUCUACGGACAAGGGAAGUGCGGAAAUAAUCAUCAGACGAAAUAUCGAGAUAAGCGCCGUGUCGAUCCAACUUUCCAUGGCAAUCCCAAGCCGCGGGCAGAUCUUUUGGCUGGCAAAUUUCACGUAAAUUCGUACAACUUCGAUCAGACGAACUCUUUGGUGGGUUUGGUUAAGAAAAUAGCCGAGGAGUACCUUAAAAAAUGCCCGCCAAUCAUAUAUUACGAUAGUUUUGUCGAAAAAUCAGAUGGCCUGAUUCUAGAGAACUUAUUCAAGACUCUCCCCAUUACUUUUUACCAUGGCGAGAUUAAUGCUCGCUAUGAAGCAAAAAACUCCCACUUCACAAGCCCUAUAGAUAGUUAUUGGAAAAGUUACAUCCUAUUCCUUUCGGACCCACUGAUGACGCGUAAGAUUCUGGGCGCCCAAACAGAAAGUCGGGUGGUUCUCGUCUCUAGGUCAACACAGUGGAAGCUCCGUGACUUUUUGUCUUCGGAACUGUCUUCGAACAUUGUCAAUUUGCUAGUAAUCGGAGAAUCCCUUAUGGCCGACCCAAUGCGAGAACGUCCAUACGUGUUGUACACCCACAAGCUAUACGCAGAUGGCCUCGGCUCUAAUGUUCCCGUGGUGCUCACCAGCUGGAUAAAGGGAGCUUUGUCCCGACCACACAUCAAUCUCUUUCCUCCAAAAUUCCAAAUGGGCUUCGCCGGCCAUCGCUUCCAACUGGGCAACUGGGGCGAGAUGGAGAAUAUGUUCUGGUAUGUGUUUGGCAUGUUUACCAACGCGUUCACAUUCAGCGGCAAAUACUCAUGGAGCAGCACGCAGAAGAACUCAACGCGUCUCCUGAUCGGCGCCUACUGGCUAUUCACGAUACUUAUUACUUCCUGUUACACCGGCUCCAUCAUAGCCUUUGUAACUUUGCCAGCUUUUCCAGAUACGGUGGACUCUGUGAUGGACCUCCUAGGUCUGUUCUUCCGUGUGGGCACCCUGGAUAAUGGGGGAUGGGAGACAUGGUUCCAAAACUCUACUCACAUUCCAACCUCUAGACUGUACAAGAAGAUGGAGUUUGUCGGGACCCUAGAGGAAGGCAUCGGCAACGUCACGCAGAGCUUCUUCUGGAACUACGCUUUUCUCGGCUCUAAGGCUCAACUGGAGUACUUGGUACAGUCGAACUUCUCGGAUGAAAACAUAUCACGACGAUCGGCGCUGCAUCUAAGCGAAGAGUGCUUCGCUCUCUUCCAAAUAGGACUGCUCUUUCCCCGAGAGGCCGUUUACAAGAGCAAGAUAGACUCGAUGAUCCUGUUGGCGCAACAGAGCGGUCUUAUUACCAAAGUAAACAACGAGGUCAGCUGGGCCAUGCACCUGACCACGGCAGACACGGAGGGGAUGUUCUUGCUCAUGGCGCUCGGCUUCUUUCUGGGGGCCACGGCCCUCGUGUCCGAAAUCGUGGGCGGAAUAACGAACAAGUGCCGGCAGAUCAUAAAGCGCUCUCGAAAGCCGGCCUGCAGCUCCUGGUCCUCCCGCCACAGUUCGGCCGACAUGGGUGGAGAGCCGCUCACCGAGCAUGGCCACUCGAAUGCCCUAGUAGAUAUAGCUCCUUGGAAGGCGACGAGUCGUCCCGGAAGGCCAUCGAGUCGCUGCACCGUUUAG